AGGAAGCCAAGAAGAAGGAGGAUCGACUCAAAGAUCAGCUGAACAGGCAGCAGGAGAAGCUGCAGCGUAAGGAGCACCGAAAUCUCGAGAGCUCCACCAUGUACCAGACGAUGAUGGAUGCUUGCUUGGGCGCUGUCAGCAACACUGGUAAGACCACUACCACAGCUUCUACCACGGACACAGCUGCUUCCAAAGGCCCAAGCUCGAGAACAUCUCAGGCUACGCCCACCAACGCUUCGGCGUCUCCACCAAAGCCCGAGACCAUGAAGUCCCAGCCCAGCACGCCCCGAAGCUCGAAAGAUCCUGCGGGCCUAGGGUCUGCCCUGCCCUUCCAGCAGCAACAGCCGCAGCCGCAUAUGCCGCCUGCACCGCAGCAGCAACAACCGCAGCAGCAAAUGCCGCCUGCGCCACAGCAGCAGCAUCCGCAGCAGCAUAUGCCACCCGGGCCACAGCAGCAGCAAGGGCAGCCGCAUGUGCCGCCUGGGCCGCAGCAGCACUAACGCAGCAGCAAAUGCCGCCGGGGCCACAGCAGCAGCAACCGCAGCAACAUGUGCUGCCCGCGCCUCAGCAGCAACCGCAGCCCCAGCAACCUUCGCAGCCGCAGCAGCAGCAGCAGCAGCAGCAGCAGCAGCAGCAGCCGCAGGCGCAGCCGCAAAUAACGCCCGGGCCCCUGCAACAAGCACAGCCGCAUAUGCCACCCGGGCCGCAGCAUAUGUCGACUGGGCCGCAGCAGCAAUCGCUGCCUUCGCAGCAGCAACAGCACCAGCAGCAAACACAGCCCCAGCCGGCACCACAGCAGCAACAGCCGCAUAUGCCGCCCGGGACGCAGCAGCAACAACCACAGCUGCAUAUGCCGCCUGGACAACAGCAGCCGCAACAAGCGCAGCAGACAACACAGCAGCAACCGCAGCCGCAUAUGCCGCCUGGGCAACAGCAGCAGCAACCUCAGCAGGCAGCGCAAACGCAGCAGCAACCGCAGCAGCAGUUGCCGCCUGGGCCGCAGCAGCAGCAGCAACAACCGCAGCACAUGCCACCCGGGCAGCAGCAGCAGCAGCAACCUUCGCAGCAGCAACAGCAGCAACAACCUCAGCCCCAGCAGGUUGCGCAGCAGCAACCGCAGCAUGUGCCGCCCGGCCCGCAGCAACAGCCCAAUGCAGCGCCCCAGUUUCAGCACGUGCCAAAGCAGCCAGGUGCUCAACUUCCCCUCGAAUUGGCGCCCAUGGGUUG